AUGACAAAGAGCGAGGUGGAUCAUCUGGAAGAUGGGUACAGAUGGAGAAAGUACGGCCAAAAAGCCGUGAAAAACAGCCCAUUUCCUAGGGGCUACUAUAGGUGCACCACUGCUUCAUGUAAUGUUAAGAAAAGAGUGGAGAGAUCUUACCAUGAUCCAAGCACAGUGGUGACUACAUAUGAAGGCCAACACACUCAUCCAAGCCCUGUACCAGCCCGGCCAUACCCCGCUGCUGCACUUGCUUCUGGCUCUGCCUUCUUUUCCGGUGGAACCACUACAUUCUCACCGCCUGCACAAACGGUUUUAACUCCACUAUCCUAUUACAAUUAUGCGACGGCAGUGAAUGGUGGUUCUAUGGAACACUAUCCUUACACUUUACUAACGGACAUCGGACUUCUUCAAGACAUUUUGCCAUCAUCCAUUGUUAGGAAGGAAGAGUAA